AUGAAUAGAAUGCUAUCUAGUGCGUCUUUACUGUCCAAUGUUAACAUACCGAGGAAAAACGAGAAUAAACUAACAAAGGCCUUGUUUUAUGCAAUUAUCGUGGCCUCAAUUGGUUCAAUACAGUUCGGUUACCAUUUAUCAGAACUGAAUGCUCCUCAGCAGGUGCUCUCAUGUUCAGAGUUUAACAUACCUUCGGAGGGCUACCCUUACGAUCGAACGUGGUUGGGGAAGCGAGGAUAUAAGCAAUGCAUACCACUGAACGAUGAACAAAUCGGUAUCGUGACCUCCGUCUUUUGUAUUGGAGGUAUAUUGGGUUCUUAUUUUGCCGCUAGUUUGGCAAACAUUUACGGUAGGAAGUUCUCAAGUUUAAUGAAUUGCACACUAAAUAUUAUCGGCUCUCUGAUUAUUUUCAACUCAAAUAGCUACAGGAGUUUGAUUAUUGGAAGGAUCCUCGUGGGAAUAUCGUGUGGCGCUUUGAUUGUUAUUAUACCCCUUUUCAUAAAAGAGGUUGCUCCAAGUGGUUGGGAAGGCCUAUUAGGUACGAUGACUCAAAUCUGCAUUAGACUGGGCGUCUUAUUGACACAAGGAGUUGCCCUCCCACUCACGGAUUCGUAUCGUUGGAGGUGGAUUUUGUUUGGUAGCUUCCUUCUCGCAGUACUAAAUCUUUUCAUGUGGUUCAAAGUAGAUGAAUCACCGAAGUGGUUGCUAGCACAUGGUAGAGUUAUCGAUGCCAAGUCUUCCUUAUGCAAUUUACGUGGUGGCACUUUUGAGGAAGCCGCACAAGAAAUACAGCAAUGGCAACAACAGAUUGAAUCUGGAGAUUCAUUAAUUGAGCCUACCACUACGAAUUCUAUUAGCGGUUCAAACUCAUUAUGGAAAUAUUUGAGAGACGAAAGCAAUUUYAAGGCUCGUCAUGUUAUCACUAUUUUAUUAUUUGGCCAACAGUUCUGCGGUAUAAACUCCAUUGUGCUUUAUGGAACCAAGAUAAUCAGUCAACUCUAUCCUCAAAAUGCAAUAAAGAUAAACUUCUCUAUUAGUUUGGUAAACGUUUUAGUGACCAUACUGGUAUCUUUACUGAUUUAUAGUUUCCCACGUAAACCACUUUUGAUGACGUCCACCAUUUCAGUCUCCAUUGCCGCCUUCAUAAUGGGUAUGGCAAUGAAUUAUAACAAAAUGAAUCUGUUAAUAGUAUUUUCGUUCAUAUACAUGGGGGUCUUCACGAUGGGGUUAAAUCCGUUGCCGUUCAUAAUAAUGAGAGAAAUUUCCAGCCCUCAAGACAUGGUCCUUGCUCAAAGAUACGGUACCAUCUGCAAUUGGGUAGGAACUUUCAUCGUUGCAUAUACUUUCCCGAUUAUUCACGACAUUCUCUCAGGUUAUGUUUUUGUAAUUUUUGCUGUCAUAGCUGCUUCAAUGAGUGUCUACAUUUGGAAAAGGGUCCCAGAGACUAAGAAACAUGGAGCCCACUAUAAUGACAUACGGGUCAGUCAUUGA